UAUCAAGGCUAGAUUUGGCUCUUUCAAGUAAGAGAACAAAGAUGGGUUCACAUUCAGAGUCGGAGGGGGAGAUUAUCGAAUCUGAAACUGAGAAGGCAACUACGUCGCUGCCUUCACUUCAAGACACCAACGUUGACCGUCAUUCCAGAAAUCGUGUCUCAGCAUCGAAGUCGCCGACUGGUCCCCAGUCGCCUCGCCGCUAUAGAUCUCGCUCGCCAUACCGAGCCAAUCCGUCGCGGGGGGAGAAGCGAAGACAUGAUGAUGAUUUUCACAGUGGCCGCAGCCGCUCGGACGCGCGACGAUUUAGGGUACAUUACGAGCAACAGCCGCCGCCACCACCGUCGAUCUAUGAGAGACGCCGACCCCAGGUCUCUUACGCUGACUUAGAUCGAGGAGGUCCCUCCGAAACGUAUCUUUCGUACGACGACGAUAGAGACUACUAUUCCGAUCGAUAUCGCGAUAAGAGAGCCCGUACUCGCAGUCGUUCACCGCCCCGCUAUUCCCAGCCCCGACAUCCCAAAGAUCGAAGAAACGAGAGAUCUGAUUAUUCGGCUCGCAGAGGUGGACGGGAAUGGGAGAAUGGCCGAAGAGACUCUAUCGGCCGUGCUUCGAAUGAUAAUAGAGGUCACCGAUCAGCAACCGGGUCUGCGGCUGCCGAACGGCCCGCUCAAGCUGCGGAUACUCAUGCCGCUGGGUUCGAGCGGCAUGGAGCAUUCGCUUCAGACGAGCGAGUUCGAGAGGGCAAUGCCGGGAAGACAGCUUCGUCGAGCAACGACCAGCCUGUGCCGGCGCCGGAGCCGGAGCCCGUGCAAUCAACGCCAGUUGAUGAGGCUUCAUUGAUCGAAGACCGCCGUAAAAGGCGGGAAGCAAUCAAAGCUAAGUAUAGAGGCCAGGCUACGCCCUUGCUUGUUCAGGCGCUUCAUCUGGGAACUGAUUCGCAAUCUUCCACACCUGUUACUGAAACUCCCGAUGCUGCUUCUAUACGGUCUGUAUCACCCAAGGAAUCUCCUGAGACGCCGCGGGAUGAUUCAGGCUCCAAAUCGCCGACAGACUUCGCACUUGCAAAAGAUGAAGAUCUUGCUAACAAUAUGGACGGGGCAACUGGCGAGGAUGACGGUCCCUCGGCUGCCGAUUACGACCCGACUUUAGACAUGCAAGAGGACAAAUUGCGAAACGAGCAGCGUCAGGCGGGAGAAGACGUUCCUGCUAGCGCCUAUGAUGAGACCCAAAUGACCUCCCAGAAUGUUCUCCUUCCUGCAAAACAAGUAGAGGAGGAGCCACCGGCAAAGGCCAGGGACGAAUUUGACAUGUUUGCGGACGAUGAUGAUGACAUGUUCGCAGAGGAGCCUCCUGUUCCUCAAAAGUCCGCCAUGGACGAAGAAGAGCAUGCUAAAGCAGUCCGAAUCCCCAAGGCAAAGGAGCUGGAUAUGAGCAUGCUCGACAAUUGGGAUGACCCGGAUGGAUAUUAUCGAGUCAUCCUUGGUGAGCUUCUCGACGGGCGGUAUCACGUUCAAUCGAAUCUCGGCAAAGGCAUGUUUUCCGGCGUCGUGCGAGCGACGGACACGACGACUGGGAAACUGGUUGCUAUCAAGCUUAUACGGAAUAAUGAGACAAUGAAAAAAGCCGGUCUCAAGGAAAUUGAGAUAUUGCAAAAGCUAGCACUAGCAGACCCAGAGGACAAGAAACACAUGAUUCGCUUAGAGAGAUUUUUUGAACAUAAGAACCAUCUCUGCAUGGUUUUUGAGAAUUUGAGCAUCAAUCUUCGCGAAGUACUUAAGAAGUUCGGCCGGGAUGUGGGUAUCAACCUCAAAGCUGUCCGGGUGUAUGCACAGCAAAUGUUCCUCGGAUUGAGCUUGAUGCGAAAAUGCAAUAUUCUGCAUGCCGAUAUUAAGCCUGACAAUGUCCUGGUGAAUGAAGCUCGGACGUCUCUCAAGAUUUGCGAUCUUGGAUCUGCUUCUGAUGCGAGUGAGAAUGAAAUCACUCCGUAUCUCGUCAGUCGAUUUUACCGUGCUCCAGAAAUCAUCCUAGGAAUGACCUAUGAUUUUGCAAUUGACAUGUGGUCCAUUGGCUGCACGCUGUACGAGCUCUACACAGGCAAAAUUCUGUUCACGGGCCGAACGAACAAUCAGAUGCUUCGAUCCGUAAUGGAAUGUCGCGGUAAAUUCAGCGCAAAGAUGCUACGUCGCGCCGAGUUUGCGCCCAUGCAUUUUGACGAAUUUAUGAAUUUCCAGAGCGUCGAGACGGAUAAAAUAACCAACAAGGACGUCGUGCGCAUACUCAACUUUACUAAACCUACCCGGGAUCUCCGGACACGACUCUUCGCGACAGCCAAAGACAUGGACGAGGCUGAGAAAAAGGAGCUCCUGUCCUUUGCCGAUCUCCUUGAUCGCUGUCUCAACCUGAACCCCGAGAAAAGAUGCACUCCCACGGAAGCGCUCAAGCAUCCCUUCAUCACAAGAGGAAAGGUCUAAUUGCUGCGUCUUCUUCGUGACAUGUUUGCGGACGAUCGUUUUUCUCAUAUUACUUAUUUUUUUUUCUUUUCCUUUUUCUCCUCGCUUUUUCCUGGUAGACUUACAUUGCAAACGUGGCUGGGAAAGGAUUUGUCUAUAUAUAGUCAUUUAGCACUCUGAUACCUAUCUAGGAUUCUCAUAGCUGGGUUUAUCCUUGAGCAAACCAAGAACGCU